GUCGUUAGUGCAAGAAGAUGUGGGAUUUUGGAAGAUUAUGUUUUACACGUAGAUCAACAAUAAAAUACAUAUCUCAUGUCUUCAUAUAUUUCACCAGCUACUUUAAAUAAAUAAAUAUGUUGAAGCUUUUCUACCCGUGUAUUCAUUACAAUUCCUUCAAACAAAUUUGAAACAAAUUUUGUACAUUCGUGUUAGUUUGAACAUAUUUGAAAGCUUUUAAACCGAACUGAAUUUUUGUUCUUCAAUCAGUGAGUGGGGCAUCUUGUUAACACAGACGAUCUUCGAACAUACGCCCAGCCUCAGCACCAGCGCAUCCUUUCUUCACGCGCUUCUUUCCCUCCAUCCGCGGCCCGCGUGACGCGCACAAACACCGCCGGACCUCGUUCUCCUGAUCCUCGCGCUCUUCUCUCGCGCCUGCCUCGUUAUGUCUUUGAUCCCCGCCGCCCUGCCGUCAUGCCCGCCGCUGAUCGCUACCUGCCACCGAUGCUGCUCCUCUUUCUGCCGUCAUCGCUGCUGAUCUGCUGCCUGGAUGGGCCGGUGAGAGCGGCAGCGCAGGAGGGCGGAGGCCUGUCCUCAUCCCCUUCUUCGUACGGGGACAAUGGCCUCCCAGUCGCUCUGGGAGGCACCUCAGCUCAGGCUACGGAGGCCCAGUUUUCUCUAAAGGUGCUCGUGAGAGACCUGGUGACUCGUCGGCCACUGGCAGGCGCCUCAGUGAACGUCUACCUGAACCACACCUUGAAGAGUUCAGCCCAGACGGGGGAGGAUGGGCUGGUCCUGCUCUGGGUGCCAUACAACCCAGGUGUUAGUUUGACCCUGCUGGGCAAUAAAGAGGGAUAUGUGCCCACCCCCAUGCCCUGGAGCACCGCCAAGAGACCAAUUUUCUCCGCUGUGACUUUGCUGCUGCUCCCUCACAGUCAGGGAAACAUCUGGCUGUUUGAAGACUCAGUACUCAUCACCAGGAAGCUACCUGACAGCUCCUCCCAACCAAAGGUCAAGUUCCCCAAGAACCUCCUUACUGUUCCUGAUAAAAGCAACAUCACUUCAUUGAUGGCAUACCUGACUGUGCCACAGCACCACCUGGCGAAGGACUGCACCAACUGCACCCCAGGCGUUAUCAGCAAUAAAUCAGUGCUAAGAAGCAUCGAGCUGAAGGCGGUUGCAGCCAUCAGCGUUCAGUUGUACUCUGGUGGUGAGGAGCUCCAGGUCCGAGGACCCAUCCAAAUCAGCCUGCCACUGGGACACAACGCUCACGUGAAGGCCUCGAAUACAGUACCUGCCUGGGUCUUCAACAUGAAAACUGGUGCCUGGGAGAAUCAUGGUCUGGGAAUAGUUAAAGAAAUCGGUGACGAGCUGGUUUGGAUGUACACAGCAUCCCAUCUGGGCUACUGGAUCGCUGCCCCCCAUCCUUCAGCAAAAGAUUAUUUUGGACAUCUAAGCUCUAUGGAUUUCAUCUCUUACCACACCUACCUUUUGGUGGGAAUACUGGGAGGAACUCUUGCCAUAAUGAUUGGAUUCCUAUCCUUGCUUCUAUGUCAUUGUGGUUCCCAUCGAGAACCCAAGAGAAGGAGAAGGGCCCGAUUUUCGAAACUCACUGUGGUAAAAAAAGACCAAACGACUUCCACUCACAUGGAGGAGGGUUUGCUUCUCCGAUCUGGCGACAACAGCCUUGCCUCCUGCAGUGUCCAGUGUGAACCAUCAUCCACACCCAGACACAAAGCCAACUACAACAUUUAUGUGGAGGAUCCAGGCAGUCUGACUGCAGCUCCUCCUUAUGAUAAUAUUGCUUCAGAUCGAAUGAAGGGGACUCAGCCUCCGCCACACUACAUCAACAGCGAGGAGGUGGCUCGGAUACGUGAGAAAGCGGAGCAAAAUCGGGCCAAUAUGAACUCUGACGACUUUUUUCAUGAUAAGCUGGUUCACAUUUAUAACCAGCCGGUAGCAAUUAUUCAGGCUCCAGAGCUGUUCGGUGUUCAGGAGCAGCAGCUACCAGGCUGCAAGGCUGCCACUUUUCCCAGGAAUGGAGUUGAGUAUGACGCUCAUUCUGAGCCUGCAAGUAAAGACAGCUAUACCCAGACGCUACCCAAAGUGCACUCUCAAGUUGGUAGCAGUCCACAGCAGACCAAUCAAGACGAGCCUCAGCCUUUAGAGACUCCCCCACCAGGACAAGGUCCUAACGCUGGUGUCUGGGGACGCUACACUAACCUCCUCGAGUCCUCUGUGUCUGUGCCAGGGACUCUCAACGAAGCGGCUGGUAUGGAGGCCUUUAGUAGUGGCCACAGCAGCGAGCUGCAGGGGAUUUCUGAGCGCACCUUACUAGAGUUGACUCGUGGCAAGUCAUCAUCAGCUCACCCCAGGGCUUGGUUUGUGUCUCUGGACGGAAAACCGGCUGCCCAGGUUCGCCACUCCAUCAUUGAGCUCCAGAGCCGCCACCGGCCACCAAGUAGCAACGAUACCAGCCUAGACUCUGGCGUAGACAUGAACGAGCCCCAGCAGAGCAUCCGCGACAUAGAACGCGAAAGGCCGUUGAUGAGGGGUUCCUCACUGCCGCAUCACGGCAGAGGUGGCCGGUACGGUGAGGAGCAGGACCUAAGCAGCAGUGAGAGUGGCACCACUGCUACAUGUACGCCAGAGGACCCUUCCCUAAGGAACAUUCUAGAUGGGAGCAGUGGGGCAAUUCCUAAUAUUCCAGAAGAGCGGGAUGGAAUGGAUACAUCCAGUGCUCAAGAGGACAGCGAGUCGAGAGGUACACCCCCACCUCGACGACUUAGGAAGGUGAGGGAAAGAGGGAAGGCGGAAAAGAGGAGUACCAAGCAUGUCCGGGAGGGAAGACCUUUGACCAAGAGAAGUUAGAGCUCGUUUGCUUUAGACAUAUAGACUGAAGUAGGUCCUCAAAUUGGUGUUUACUUAGGCAUUGUUGUUGCUGAAUCCUGUGAUUUUACAACUUUGCCAAAGAAAGCAUAAGCUUAACUGAAGAUGCACAGCAGCAUCUAAAGUGCGUCAUAUUAAAUCCUGAUGCAGAUGCUGUUUAAAAAGUUUCUGCACCUUGAUUUCUCUUAUCCCUCAAAUCUGAAGAUCACCAGCGAGAUUCUUCAAAGCUAAUACAAUAUGUAACCAUUCCCAGUGUUUGCACUACAGAGGGUGCCUUCUUACUGCUGGUAAUGAUGAAAUGUAAUUUGUUUCCUUGUAUUUAUUGAAAAUCUGAUAAAUCUGCAGGAUGGACAAAUGCACCUAUCAUCACCAUAAAUGCCUGCUAUAAAUUAAACAGUAAGCUUUCCUAAUUCUCAGUGCUCUCACCUGAUUUUGAACAUACUGCCUCAUAACAAGAGAACUGCAACACUGAACUGGAGACAGACCAACAUACAGAGCUGCCAUAUUAUGUUCACACCUGAUAUUCGAUAUCUUAGGACUACAGUUGCUUUUGUUUGCAUGAAAAUUAAUGUUUCCAUUCGUGUUUGAACACAAGGAGCCACAGAGCUACUAAGAGAUCAGAAUAGCUUUUAGACGACUCGGUGACCAAAUGUUUUAGUUUAUUUCCUGGUCUUGCUAGAAGACUCAGUGUUGUGCUGCCAAUUGUAACGAUUCCAACUCUGGGAUUUCUACACCACAGUUAGAGAGUAAUGAAAAAAAUGACAUUUGUUCAUUUUUGAGUUAAAUGUAUUCAGGGGAUCUACCUUAAUGGGUUAACAUGCUUUAAUGUAAAAAUGAAAGGAAACUGUUUUUUCCUUAAUUGUCCUCUGAUUCAACUACUUUUCUCACGUUCUAGUACUUUUAAGCCAGGAUCUUGAUGUUUUUCACAUGUUAGUGCAUGAUUUGAAUGGACCGAUAUCAACGAGGGUUGAAGUUGACUCAAGGAAGUUAUGCCUUUGAACUGCAAUGGGAGUGGAUCACAGACUUGCAACGUCCCCCAGUUUGUGGGACGUUGCAAGGUGGAAGCCAAUGGUUCUGCUGUCACUGGCUGUUUUACGUCUUGCCGGCCAGAUUUAUGCGACUGGACAUCUUUGAGAGCUGGGCAGCCUCAGGAAGUGUGUUUUGACCAACCAGACAAGUCAUAGCUCUGACGUCAGUAACCGAGGAAAAAAAAGAAAAAAAAAGAAAAAGAAACUUUGAGAGGUUUCCGAAAUUUCAUGUAUGCCUUUGUCUCAGAAAGAACAACUUGAGUGUGGAAAUUGAGCUGCUGAUUUAGAGAUUUCAGUGGUUCAAAAUGCUUUGUCGUCGGAGCUGAACUUCCUUUUUGACAAAAUGGUUUUAAGCUGGAAUUCCGAUGUGUUUUUCACACUUUAGUGUAUGCUUUGUAUGGACUCGUAUGGUUUAAAGUUGUCCCACUAUGUUUUUGAUCAACCAUAGGAGAACCGAGUUUGCAUGUAGAUGCAAAGCAAUACCUGGCAGUGUUAAUGCCAGUUGAAAACUUUAGGGUCAAUGAAGCGGAACACACAUCAGGGGUGCAGCAGUGCUUUAGAUCAAUAACUGGACAUCAAUAAUCAGCUUUAGCAUACAUUAGAUGUGUCAUGGAAAAGUAAACCAAAACAGGAUGGAUUACUGCACUUCAGCCAUGGAUAGUUUUACCCAAAGUGUCAACACUUCUGUAUACAAAAUGUUCAAAAAGGAUCCCUGCAACACCUUGGAGAGUCUGACUCCGACCAGAUGUCAUUGGUGUGGGUUGAUGAAAGGAAAAGCCAGUGAAAAGCCGGCGCAUGCCGUCCUUUUGGAAUCCAAAAGAUCAGGUUUUUGGAGUUUGUAAAAAUGAGGCUGUACACAAUUCAUAAUGUAGACCGAUCAGCUUUAAAUACAAUUCAAUCGGGUCUUAACUGGUUAAAAUACUACAAAUAAACAAAGUUUCACAAAUCCAGUUUCAAGAAUCACUGCGAUAAAACCUGAUUAGAAUGACGUUGUUAAUCCUUAUUAGUGUCCCACUUUAAAAUUUCAUCAAAAUUUAUUCGGCAGGCCAAACGUUUCGAAGCACAAAAUAAUAUAUUGGUAUGCUUUGCAACCAGAUAAACAAGAUUAUAACAUAAAGAGACACCUAUUAGAAUGUAUUUUGCUAUAUUUAUUGGAAAUUUGGGUUUGUCUUGCUUAGCCACUAUUUUCUUCAAAAUAAUUUUUUACAAAAGGCGUUAAACAGAGAGUUGCUUCCAAACCUUUGGCCUGUUGUGUAAGCUGAGUAGUAUAGUAGGAAAAAUACAUGGAGAACCAAUGGGAUGGAUUUCAGCUGUACAGUGGGUUUCUACUAACUAAAUCACCAUCAUUAGAGCUGCAGAAGAUAACUUUUGUAACAAUGUAUUUUUUACAUUUUUGUUAAAACUGUCACUAUAUUCUGACAGUAUAAUCUGAGACACAUGAUCUGUGAAAAAAAAUAUAUAUAUCAAGCUCCUCUGGCUCCUCCCAGUGGUCAUACUGCCAUUUGCAGAAAUACACCACUCCCAGGUCAGAAAUAACCAAUCAGAGCAAGGAGGAAUGUCUUAGCAUGGUCAAUUACGCUGGGGUACAUGCUGCUCUCACCCAGUGUUGCCAGGUGUACAAUAAUUAUUGUAUUUGUACGAUAAUUUUGCUCUCUGUACGAUGUACGAUCAAUAUUCCUAAAAAAAGGCCAAAUGUACGAUAAUUUGACCAUUCCGUGAAUGUGUGGUUGUAAUCAGUCGUCAUCAGCCUAUCGCCAAAGUCUGUCGGAGAUUUUUGUAAACCCUGAAGGCAUCUGUGUCCAGAUUCGGAAACAGAUGCUGGAAAUUACAGCGAAUCGUGCUUUUCUAAAUGUAACCUACGAGUGACGUAAAUGCGUUGGCCUCAGAACAACGGCCAUGAUUGGCUGAGUAGACCACUGCGAUUGAGGAAAAGGAAAAGAGAAAAGCAGAAGCAGAGCCCGGCACUGUCGGGCUGCAGCUGUUGAUAAAUCUGUUCCGUACUGACGCCACAAGGCUGCGAGUGCCUGUUAGACGCUAUUCAACACAUCAACAGACUUGUUAUUUUGGUUAUGACGAGUGUAUGAUAAUUUUCCUCAAAAUACGAUAAUUUUAUGUCUCUAGUACGAUAAUCUUACAUUUCUCACCUGGCAACACUGCUCUCACAUUGCAUAUCGUGGUUCAAGUUAACGAUUGCCAGCUGUACUAAUAUGGUGAAGAAACAACAAGAAAACUGCCAAUUUCCUGAGUGGCACCUGCUCAGAAAACAAAGACAGGUAAACAGAAGAAGUCAGAUGAAGGAAAGCAAGCCGCACACGGCAGGCUCCGCUAUGGGGGAGGAUCUGUAGCACAGCAGAGAGUAAGGGGGAGGGACCUGUAAGGUGUGCUUGUUCAAAUUUUCAGGCUAAGUCCAGGUUUUUGUCAGAACUCCCAACUGCAGCUUUAAAGAUUUAAGAGGAUUAAACAAAAUGUAGCUAUCUUAGCAGUCUGACAUAAAAAAAAAAGUAGCCUCCUGUUUGAACACACAUGGGUACAUAUGUCCUGAGGGGUAUAAAGCAUAAACGUGGAGCCUCCAAAGACAUUUUUGGUUGGUAACUGGGACAAAAACGGAGAAUUCUCACCAUGAAUGAAUUUUUCUUGCAAAUCAACUUAUUCACAUUUAGUCUUCCAUUCUAGUUCUUCUGCAACACAAUUUCACGAUUAAUACUUGAUUGUCUGCGCUAAAAAGUGUUAUCUUUUAUAUGUAAAUACCAUUUUCUGUGAUAUGUGACAGUGAGUCAUCUGUGUCAUCUUGUUCUUUUCUUCCACUUGAAAGAAGGUCCAACGAUCUGUUCUUUUGACAGUUUGAAUAAUGUGACUUAUGUUAAGGUUGUCUUUUUAGGGGAGUGUACUCAAAGAGCAUUCUAAGUUGAAAUGUAGCUUAUGCGUAAAAACACUUUCACUCACCAAUCCCUGGCUUGAAAACAAAAUGUUUCCCAGCUUCUUCAGUGAGAUGAGAAGUCGUUUUUGAACACUUUGUGCAAACGUUACGCAAAACAAACCUACUGCCACUCUGGUUUUUAAAUGAUCCAUCUGAAUGUAUCUGUACUAAUUCCGGUGUGCUCCCUCUUGUAUCCAACCAUCCAGCAUCAUGGGCUUCAAUUUCUUCCAAAAAGGACACCGCUUGUGUUUUUACCUUCGUAAUGUUGGUGUUGUUGUAGUUAUUGCAUUUUUUGUGCACUAAAUUAAUAAACUUACUUCAUACUAA